AUGUCAGAGAAAAAGCAGCCGGUAGACUUGGGUCUCCUGGAGGAGGACGACGAGUUCGAGGAGUUCCCUGCGGAAGACUGGGCUGGUUUAGAUGAAGAUGAAGAUGCACAUGUCUGGGAGGAUAAUUGGGAUGAUGAUAAUGUAGAGGAUGACUUCUCCAAUCAGUUAAGAGCUGAACUAGAGAAACAUGGUUAUAAGAUGGAGACCUCAUAG